UCCUUACUUUUCCCAACUCCAAAGUGAUGCCCCCAAGAAGAAAUGGGAAAUACAAACUUCCCGACCCACUUCCAGAAGGCAAGGUUCUGAAUGACAUGGAAGGAAAGCAAUGGGUGCUGGGCAAGAUGAUUGGUGCUGGAGGGUUUGGAUUGAUAUAUUUAGCUUUCCCCACAAAUAAACCAGAUAAAGAUGCAAGACAUGUAAUAAAAGUGGAGUAUCAAGAAAAUGGCCCAUUAUUUUCAGAACUUAAAUUUUACCAACGAGCUGCAAAAAAAGAAUGUAUAAAAAAAUGGAUAGAAUGCAAACAACUUGAUUAUUUAGGAAUUCCUGUGUUUUAUGGAUCUGGUCUUACUGAAUUCAAGGGAAGAAGUUACAGAUUUAUGGUGAUGGAAAGACUAGGGAUGGAUUUACAGAAGAUCUCUGACCAGAAUGGUACUUUCAGAAAGUCAACCGUCCUGCAGCUAGGUGUUCGGAUGUUGGAUGUACUGGAAUAUAUACAUGAAAAUGAGUAUGUUCAUGGCGAUAUAAAAGCAGCGAAUCUACUCUUGGGCUACAAAAAUCCAGAUCGGGUUUAUCUUGCAGAUUACGGACUUGCCUACAGAUAUUGUCCCAACGGGAACCACAAGCAGUAUCAGGAAAACCCUAGAAAAGGCCAUAAUGGGACCAUGGAGUUUACCAGCUUGGAUGCCCACAAGGGAGUAGCCCUGUCCAGACGGAGUGACCUUGAGAUCCUGGGCUACUGCCUGCUGCGGUGGACCUGCGGGAAGCUGCCCUGGGAGCGGAGCCUGCAGGACCCGGCGGCUGUGCAGGCUGCAAAAACAAACCUGUUGGAUGAGCUCCCUGAGUCUGUGCUUAAAUGGGCCCCUUCUGGAAGCAGUUGCUAUGAAAUAGCCCAGUAUUUGGUAUGUGCUCAUAAUUUAGCAUAUGAUGAAAAGCCAGACUAUCAAAUGCUCAAGAAAAUUCUGAACCCAGGAGGAAUACCUUUAGGACCAUUGGAUUUUUCCACUAAAGGAGAGUGUGUAAAUGUGCGUACUCCAGACCAUCAAAAAGUUCAUUCGCAAAAGGCUGCAACAAAGCAAGUCAGUCAGAUGCAAACCAGGUUCAUGGAAAAAAGUGUCCAUGGUGAGGGCAGUGCUGAGCCCUCUGCCACAGGGAGAGAAGUUCAGAAAGAGGAGAAGCGGACUAGAUCCUGUAACAAAGAAGCCGCGCAGGAAAGCACAAGGAGAAGACAAAAAUAUUGGCAUCCAUGAUAGUGUUCCACAGCUAUUGAUACUGCAAAAAUUGACAGUUGAAAAGAUUCUCCAGAGAAAUAUUAAAAGUGUCACCUUAUCUACCUUGUGAAGACAUAAGAAAAAAGGAAAAGACUAAUAGCUACAUACUCGCUCUCAAUACUACCAUUAACAUCAUUAACUAGAAUUAAUAAUAACAUCUUUGUAGGUAUAGGUACAGGUGCAGACUUGAAGCAUUAUCCCUUCAGUAAGUAGAAAUGCUUGCAAAAAGUAGGCUCUUAAAAAAACAAACAAACAAACAAAAGAAACAAAUAAAGCUUUAAGGGAAAUGACAGAACCCUUGCCACUGGCAGUAUGUGUGACCUUUGGAAGAAUAAGGACAGUUUUCUCCUUGGUUUUAGAAAAAGCACAGCUUUAAAAAUUAAAAGGGAAAAUAAUUUAUUUUUAUUUUAACUAAAAUAUCCAUGUAACUUAUUUUACAAAUAAGAUUUCUAGCCCACUCAUAUUUUUUAGGACUUAUCACACGAGUCUUAAAAUUAUAUAUGCCUAAACAUUCUGUAUGUGAGAAAAGAGAGGGAAUGAGUAAUUUCUCAAUUUGUCUGAUAUAGAGGCACUAUAAGAUAUCAACUUUUCUGUGUCACCCAGUACAGCUUUAUAUAUUAAUUCUCUCUCAUGGAAAGCUUAAAUGCCAGGCACAUUUUUAAAAAGGACAAACACAAUUGAUCUUUUCAUCACUGCAAUCUUCUGAAAUAGAGUUGAUUGAUGACUCCUGGGAACAAUAAAAAAAAGAUGUCCUGGUUUUCUGAAAUUCUUAUGUUUCCCUAGUGAUUACUAAAUAAAUGAUUAAUAUGCUGAA